CAUAACGUAUUGACAAAUUCGUAGCUUGUUCUUCGACCUUUACAACAACUCGUUUAAAAAGAGCAUAGCAAAAGAGGGCAAAAUGCUCAUGGAACUCCCACCUCUGUGGGCACAAGUGGAGCCGUUGCUAGUAGCCCAAUCCCCUUCGAGUCCUUUCGCACAUCAAACCGCCCGCGCAAACAGCAUUUUAUGGAAUCGUUUGCGCACAACUAGACGGUGGGAGACAGAAGGAGGAGAUAACAAUAGGGUAUGUGUGGCUAUAAAAUGGCCCGAAGAUGGUAGAUUGCGUCGAGGGAAAGGGAAAAUGAAAGGAAAGUCUACAGUAGUAUGGGUUGAAGAAGGCGAAGAAGACAAGAGACUGGAAUCUAUAAUCUUGGUACACCCGUCUCUGAUACCAUCAUUCUACCCGACACCGCUUCCGAUAUCCCUCCUUGUUCAUCAGCCCAUAAAUCUAUCUCUAGCAGUCCUGCAACCGGCCUUUGACAACCCCGAUGAUCGAUCGUCUUCAAAUACUUCAGAAGACAUUGACUUCUCGGACAUCUGGCGUGAUAGCAAUUAUCCUAUCAUACGUCAAGGGGCCAUCAUAUCAUGCAAGUCAGGUAUAACGACAAACCAGUAUAAAGUCCUUAUGCUCGAGCCCGUUUAUCAAGGCAUUUUGACCGCUGAAACCAACAUUAUCAUCUCAAAUACGUUUUUCUUCGCGGACUCCUACCCAUUAAUACAAACGCCAUUAGGAGAUGGGAUGAGCGAGGGCAGUUUUAGCAAGACCCAUCUUUCACUCGCCAACUUUGACGCUGACGCUUUCCUCUCCUCCUCUCUUUCUUUGUCUCUAAAAGAUGAUUUACCAGACGGCGAAGCACUGGAAGAUGAAGAAUUGAUGGCUUUGUCAAGUACAACUUCCGGAUCUCUCACUCCCCGUCCACCUGGAGCCGGCGUCCGGCCUAUAUCACCUGUUGCCCCCGUUGAAGAGGUUCUGCAACACGAAGAAUUAGAAGAUAGGGGGGUGAGGUUCAACCCUGUUGUUGCCGAAGGGAAGGCCGUUGAUGGGGGAGGGGAUGAUGUUUGUUGGAUGGGCGUGGGAGGGCUAGGCAGAGCAGGGAUAUUUGAAGGUGAUUGGGUGUUGGUGAAGCCAAUAGGACAAGCUCAGGCGAGUGGAAGAUUGGUGAAGGCCUUGGCUUGGGAACUUCUUGACGAGUCAGAUGAUGAGCUACCUGCGAAUACCAUCCUUCUCUCACCGUCCCUGUACCGCUCUCUUAUUCCCUCCUCAUCAUCAUCAAGCUUACCUCAAUUGACUGUUGUUCCAACACCGUUUGGUGCUCGCUCUCCCACUUUGCCGAUCGCAAACAAAAUAACACUCACACGGAUAGCAACUGCUGAAGCAGUGGAUAAACGGUAUGAACGAUCAUGGCUACGAGGUCAGACCACUUUGUUUGUGCCCAAAAACCGGAAAAGAAGGGGAGAUGCUCAGGAAUAUGUGAGUAUGGUGAGACGGGGUGAUAUACUGGGUAUUCCUGUCUGGUUGGAUAAGACCGUUACCGACGAUGAGCGGCAAAAGUCCAUUGCGGCCGAAAGUGAGGACGAUACGGACUCUGGCUCUGAAUCAGACAGUCCCUCACCAUUCUUCUCGAAAAUACCGUCGACACCAACAAGCAUAGUCUACUUUGCUGUAACGUCCAUCUCUUAUAAUCCCCUGGUCCCAAUAGAAGAAGAUUUUAGAUCAUCUACAACAGCUAAGGCACGAGCUGGAGAAUUAGGAUGUUGGAUUGGAGACGGGACGGAACUAGUAUAUGAAGGACUGGAGAAGGCGCGGAUUGAACAAAAAGGAUGGGAUAAGAGAUGGUGCGGGAUCCGUUCGAACCCACCUCCAUUUUCCAGGUCAGCAUACACAAAGCUUUCGGAUAUCUUAAAUUCCGCAUUCUUCCAGACUUCCACAGCUUUUCGACCCCAGCUUUCAAUCAUCGUAAAAGGCUCACGAGGAGCUGGAAAGAGAUCUCUCAUAGAAUGUAUCGCGGACGACAUCGGGUUCAACAUUGUCACUGUGGACUGUUACGACAUAACUGGCGAUACACCUGAAGUAACAUCAGGAACGCUCCUCGCUCGACUUUCAAAGUCUAUUUCAUGUUCCCCAUCUCUUCUCGUUCUCCACCAUGUUGAAGCUCUCUCGUCCAAAUCCAAUUCACCCUUCGGUAGACCGCCAUCCGUCGUUAAAAUACUCGAAGAAGUCAUCGAUGGUGCAAGACAAACUUCGGACUCAAGCUCUGGAUCUUCAUCAAGUUGGCCAGUGAUUGUGGUAGGUACCACGGCGGAUGCGGAUGCUGUGCCGUCAGAGGUAUUGGCUUGCUUUAAGCAAGAAAUUGAACUGAAAGCUCCAAAUGAAGAUGAAAGACUGGCUAUCAUGGAAUACAAGCUGGAGGAUUACGAGGUCGCUCCUGAUGUGGAUACCAGAGCUCUUGCGAGGCAGACCGCAGCUUUGAACGCGGGAGAUAUUAACUCGUUAGUCCACCUGGCAUGGAUUGCGGCCGUCAAACGCUCUACUUCUUCAUGUGUAUCCUUUCCCCAGGCCCAGCAAGCAGGGAUAUCUAUUACUUCUGAGGACUUUAGGCAUGCUCUCUCCAAGGCACGUGCGGCGUAUUCGGAUAGCAUAGGUGCACCCAAGAUUCCGAAUGUCUCAUGGGAUGAUGUGGGUGGAUUGGUCAGUGUCAAGCAGGAUAUUUUGGACACAAUCCAGCUGCCUUUGGAAAGGCCUGAGAUGUUUGGGGAAGGUCUUAAGAAACGCUCUGGUAUACUACUUUACGGUCCACCAGGUACUGGUAAAACUCUCCUCGCCAAAGCAGUCGCCACAUCCUUCUCUCUCAACUUCUUCUCCGUCAAAGGUCCCGAGUUACUGAAUAUGUAUAUCGGUGAAUCCGAGGCCAACGUCCGCCGUAUUUUCCAACGCGCAAGAGAUGCAGCUCCCUGUGUCAUUUUUAUGGACGAGCUCGACUCUAUAGCACCCAAGAGAGGCAAUCAGGGCGAUUCGGGUGGAGUGAUGGAUCGGAUAGUGAGCCAGCUGUUGGCAGAGCUCGAUGGUAUGUCCUCCAGUCGUGGAGGGGUGUUUGUGAUGGGUGCGACAAAUAGACCAGAUUUGCUCGACCCUGCAUUACUCCGACCAGGUCGAUUUGACAAGAUGCUCUACCUCUCUAUCCCUACAACUCAUACCGCCCAGGCAAGCAUCCUAACGGCACUCACGCGCAAGUUUAAUCUCCACCCAGACCUGGAUAUAGGGAAGAUUGCGGAGCAAUGUCCCUUCAAUUAUACAGGUGCGGACUUGUACGCGCUGUGUGCGGAUGCAAUGUUGGGAGCUAUGACACGGCAAGCAGAGGCGGUGGAUCGUACUAUCGCCAAGCUAAAUGCUUCAGCGUCUAUGGGAGAAGAUCCUUCUCUUAAAACAUGGCCUGGAGAGUUGACGUCGCAAUACUACUUGGCGAAGAUGGCGACCAAGGAGGAGACCGAGGUGAUCGUGAAGCAGAAAGAUUUUGAAGAGGCGUUGAUCAAGCUGGUUCCAAGUGUGAGCAAGGAAGAGCUGAAGCAUUAUGAGAGGGUACAAAAAGAAUUCCAAGGGUAUGCAAUUGGGAAGAAGGACAGUGCGAAUGAAGUGAAGGAUAAAGGGAAAGGAAAGGGAAAGGAAAAGGGAAAAUCAGUUGUUGUUAAUGGCGAAGCUGGAGGAUGAGCAGCUUAUUUUUAAAUGGACUUUUUGUAGCCAAAUAUAGUUGUAGAGAUUUAGACAUGGUCUGUCAGAUGAAUUCAUGAUGAUGAUGCAU